ACGUCUCGGUUUCGUUGGUGAGUCUCGUGCGACCGAGACUGACGCUGUGUUCUUCCUGUCAAACUUUAUUACGGGUAAAAAAAAUUAAGAGAAACACGAUUAACGAAUUAUUUGAACGAUAUUAAACCAUACCAAUGAAUUGCUGGGGCUGCACUUGGUUCAGUCUCGCUCUGACAUUGACAGAGUUUCAAGUCUCCACGUGUUCUCCAACCCUCGAAUCUCCUGCGACAGUGAAAAAAGACAAUGACGUACGAACCUUUUGGGACUUCUCCUCGGAAGGUAGCCCAAAAAGUACCUUAACGCUCGAUCAAACUUUCUUACCGGAAACAGCGACGAGAGAGCCACGUGCGCAACGAGGAUGCGGCAUGAGCACGAACAGCGUUACCAGAGUCGUGGGCGGCAGACCUGCCAGCUCGUCCGAUUGGCCAUGGAUGGUUGCCCUUCUUCGACAGGACGCUAAACACUAUUGCGGUGGUGUUUUAAUAACCGAUCGACACGUACUCACCGCUGCUCAUUGUGUCCACAAACUGAGAACCCGUGACAUCAAAGUACGUUUGGGAGAGUACGAUUUUUCAAGACGCAACGAGCCUCGAACGUUGGAUUUUUGGGUAACGGAUAUACGAAUUCACGAGGGUUUCGAUUCCUUGAAUUACAACAAUGAUAUCGCAAUACUGAAGAUCCAUCGACCGACUGCUUUCAACAAUUACAUUUGGCCAAUAUGUUUGCCACCAGUUGGAAUGUCGUUUGAGAACAAAAGUGGAAUUAUAACAGGUUGGGGAACGCAGCGUUACGGUGGUGUCGCCAGUAAUGUUCUGAUGGAAGUACAAGUACCUGUGUGGCCUCAAAGGCUCUGUGUUAGCAGAUUCACUUACCCCAUUCCAGACAGCGUCAUGUGUGCUGGAGCUUACGAAGGAGGACGAGACGCUUGUCAGGGUGAUUCCGGUGGACCUUUGCUCCAUCGCUUGGGAAACGGAAGAUGGGUGAACAUCGGUAUAGUGUCGUGGGGAAUACGCUGCGGAGAGCCCGGACAUCCGGGUAUUUACACGAGGGUGAGCACUUACCUGGACUGGAUAUUCGCAAACGCAAUUUUUUGAACUUUCCUCCUUCGCCGGUAGCAGCACACAAAAUCGAGCGAUCAGAAAAAUAUUCAAAAACAAUUAAACUUUAUUUUCCGUAAUAUUCGUCGUUAUACAUCGUUAAAAGAGUUUUAUGUACGUUCGACAUAAAUAGAACAUGUUUUAUAUCUUCACGCUCUCACCAA